CGAACACCUCACAACAUCCAUCGACUUCAUGGAUUGCUCAAUAUCCGUCAGAACAGACCACAGCAAGCACUGUUGGAAAACCUCUGAAUCAACAUGGAUUGCGUUAAAUUGGACAUCUCCGACAUAUUAGACACAAAUAAUAUCAUUAUAACGUAAAGGUUUGUCCUAUAGCCGUCAAUUUCGGUUGCAGAUACCACCAUUUCGGUUUAUUUCGCGGUGUCCUGAUCUUAUAAGCUGUUAGUUGUUUUUAAUGAAUGUAUACGUAUAUUAAAAAGGGCGCUCAAUAAUAGAGUUUAUUUCAUUUGAUAUUAUUUUACCAACCGGCAUAGUUCCAGCAAUGGCAGAUGCGGAGUUGCAAACCUUUACAUCCAUAAUGGACGCUCUCGUGCGCAUCAGCUCCAAUAUGAAGAGCAUAAAGAGAGAGCUGCACUGUCCAGUGUGUGAGGAGAUGGUGAAGCAGCCGAUAGUGUUGCCUUGUAUGCACAGUGUGUGUGUACUGUGUGCGGCAGAAGUCUUGGUUCAAAGAGGAUACCCUCCACCCGAACUCCCCGCAGAGCCCAAAACUCCCACCUCAAGCCCCAUUACGCGCUCUCCCCGACAAACACGCCGGCCUCCGCCCAAAACAGACCGUCUAGACCGGGUGAUCAGAACAGUGUGUGGGACACAUCCAGGUCGCAGGCGUAAAGACACCCCUCCUGUGAUCAUGCUGUUCCCCUGUCCCACCUGCGGAAAAGAUGUGGAGCUAGGAGAGAGAGGGCUUGCAGAUUGUCUAAGAAAUCUCACGCUGGAGCGUAUAGUGGAGAGGUACAGGCACACAGUGAGUCUCGGCAGCAUGGCAGUCAUGUGCCAGUUCUGCAAACCUCCUCAGGCUUUGGAGGCCACCAAAGGCUGCGCUGAUUGCAGGUCCAACUUCUGUAACGAGUGCUUCAAGCUGUACCACCCUUGGGGCACACCACGAGCCCAACAUGAACACAUUCUGCCCACACACAGCUUCAGACCCAAGGUAUUAGUGUGUGUAGAGCACGAGCAGGAGAGGUUGCAAUUUUACUGCAGGUCAUGUCAGCGUUUGUUAUGCCCGCUUUGUAACCUCCGUCGAUCCCACAGUGGACACAAGAUCAUGCCUAUUGCGCUGGCUUACCAAACUCUAAAGGAGAAGAUCACCAAGGAGAUGAACUAUGUCUUCGCCAAUCAGGAUUCUGUACAGGCACAGAUCACCCAAGUAGAGAGUGGCAUCGCUCAGACUGAGGUGAACAGCGCAGUGGCUAAGGAGCAGUUGAAUCAGUGUGUGAGUGAAUUGCGCAGUGUGCUGGCGGAGCGUCAGGGGGCCUUAGCCAUGUUGCUGGAGGGGGCUCGUGCGCAGCGGGCAGGGGCUCUGAAUGCACAGCUCUCUAAAAAACAGAGUCUUUUGGAGAACGCAGGGCUGCUCACAUACACUCAAGAGCUGCUUAAGGAAACUGACCAGUCGUGCUUUGUGCAGGCUGCCAGAGUCACGCACAACAGACUGGUAAAAGCAAUAGAAAAUCAACAGCAUUUCUCUCUAUCUGCUGAUCCCUCGUUCCGACAUUUUCAGAUGGAUGUCUCCAGAGAACUCAAAGCGCUCAGCAGCAUGGACUUUAUACAAGCCCCAUUGGCUCCUGUGAUUGACACUCAAAAGACCUUGGCCUAUGACCAGCUCUAUUUGUGCUGGCGUCUCCCACAGGACUCCGCCCCUGCCUGGCACUACUCAGUGGAAUAUCUGAGGAAAGUGGGCGGAGCUGGAGCAUUAUGGGGCAGAGUCUUGUCUGAAGGAAGCUCGGGAAGUAAUGGCACACACUGUUCAUGGCAGCGUCUCGAUGAUGUGGGCGGGACCAGUGCAGUGAUUGAUAAGCUAGAGAUGGACAGUGUGUAUGUCCUGAGAGUUCGAGGCUGUAAUAAGGCAGGGUUUGGAGAGUACAGUGAGGAGGUGUAUCUACACACACCUCCUGCACCAGUGUUGUCGUUCUGCCUGGAUUCGCGCUGGGGCCUACAUGCGGAGCGGGUGGCGCUGGGAAAAGGGCAGACAUACGCCCGGAGUGUUCCUGGGAUGACUCUGUUGCAGGCUGCUGAUCGGGCUCUUACCUCAUGUCACCUCACCUCUGACCUCCUUGUGGCUGAUGUUUCCAUCACACAGGGACAACACUACUGGGCAUGCUCAGUGGAACCUGGCUCCUACCUGGUUAAGGUGGGAGUGGGUGUUGAAGCAAAACUGCAGGAGUGGUUCCAUCUUCCACAAGACAUGGCAAGUCCACGGUACGAUCCAGAUAGUGGUCAUGACAGUGGCGCAGAGGACACCCAGGACUGUCCUCCUCCAUUCUGUUUCCUCACAAUGGGCAUGGGCAAGAUCUUACUACCCAAAUGUGGGGUGUCUAACACUUCUACUGGCCCCCUCACUGCCCCCUUACCACCUCGCCUCGGACUGUGUCUGGACUUUGAGAAGGGGCGGCUCACUUUUUACGACGCACACUCUUUGCGAGUGCUGUGGGAGGGGACUGUUGAUUGCUCCGCCCCUGUUUGCCCAGCAUUCUGUUUUAUUGGUGGAGGUGCUCUGCAGCUGCAAGAGCUAAUAGCCAAUCGCAGUACAGAGCAGAACCCACCAAGAAGAGUGACCAUCCAAACACGUGCCACCGAUACGGGUCACUAAACCGUCUGAUCGCUUUGAAACUAGUCAAAUCAGCACCUUUAAGCAAAUCUUCUUUUAUCGUUUUCUAUAGACUUUGUUUACCUGCUUAUCUCGUAGCUAAUGACGCAAUGAUUGAUGUUAUUUUAUAUUAAGAUUAAUUUAAUUUCAAAGGAUAGACAUUAAAAAGUGGUUAUGGAUGCUAACAACAUGUAGCAUGCUAACAACAUGUAGGUCAGUAUUAAAUAACGAGGAAUUGUGUGUUUUUAUGGCCACAAAAUCAAAAAUUCAAAUCAUGUAUGAUUCAGGUUCACUCAUAACACAUUCAUUUUAAACGUUCUUGUAAAAGCAAAUGAUUCCUUGCUAUUUUCAAACUCGUUUUCCAGCAUUGUUAGCAUGCGCACCGCCCACUAUGGGUGUGCUAAUAGUAAACACCUUGAUUUCUUUAUUAACAGUGUAUGUGCUCCUUACAGGAAUGCUGCAAUGCCUUGAAAUGUGAUCACGUUGCAAUUCAAAUCCACAGUAGUUCCCAAUGUCCUUGAAUUGUCUUGCUACUUUGAGGUUCAACCAAGAUUUUGUAUUGGUGUCAGUACACGUCCUGUGCAUAGAGACCUUGUCUGUUUGGUUUGUUUGGGCCUUAGGUUGAUGGAAGCCUUUAGUAAGCGAAACUAAAAGAACAACCGUGUAAUGAAAAGAACCUGCUUUUGUGAGAUCUCUACAGGUGCCUGCUCUAAUGUUACACAACCCACUUUCCCAUUUGAAUGUCCUAAAUAAUAAUCUCCAAAACAAAACAGUCUGACACACCUCAUACUUCUUUUAGGCUUUUUUUCAUAAUCAUGACUGUUAUGGUCAUGUUUUUUUCUUCUUUUUCUUUUUGCGGACUGGGUAUGGUGAGAACAAAUUAGUGGGUGAAGUUUAAUUUCAGAAAUGGAUGCUGCUUAUGACCGUGCAACUGUCAGUCAUUGGAGUGUGUGUUGUUAAAAGGACAUUUUUGAAUUGUAUACUGAAUGUCAGUUGUAUUUAUUGUGUGUGUGUGUGAGUGUGUGAUAUGUUAUUGCAAUAAAGACAGUUGCUGAAAGCUCUGGUUUUGGCCAUGUUUUCUGCUGUUUGGACGCAUUGUUGCAGAUUCAGGUCUCGUUGUGUGAAUUUAUAUUGAUGUUGAGGAUAUUAUG